CGGUGGCUCGGCAGGCGCUGGCUGCGGGGCAGGCGGCGGCGGCGGUGCACGGGGCGGUACACAGGGAAAAGAAUGGAAAUCCUUCCAGAUGCAGCUUCACUGGCUACAAAACUGAAAAAUACUCUGAUCCAGUACUACAACAUUGAAGAUAGUGAAUGGCGGCCUGCCAAGAAAACAAAAGAUGCAACUGUGUGGCGCAAGCCAUCCGAAGAAUUCAGUGGAUAUCUCUACAAAACUCAAGGGGUGGUAGAAGAUGUCACCAACAGAAUAGUAGAUCACAUUCGCCCUGGUCCGUAUAGACUACACUGGGAUAGUUUAAUGACUACCAUGGACAUUGUUGAAGAGUUUGAAGAGAACUGUUGUGUAAUGCGCUAUACCACUGCUGGGCAGCUCUGGAAUAUCAUAGCACCAAGAGAGUUCAUUGAUUUAUCUUAUACUACUCAAUAUGAAGAGGGCCUGCUGUCAUGUGGGCUAAGUCUUGAAUUUGGAGAAGUAAGACCUAAUUUUGUCCGGGGAUUUAAUCACCCCUGCGGUUGGUUCUGUGUCCCACUUAAGGACAACCCUGACCAGAGUCUUCUGACGGGCUUCAUCCAGACUGAACUUCGAGGGAUGCUUCCGCAAUCUGCAGUAGAUACUGCCAUGGCUAGCAGCCUGGCUAAUUUUUAUUCCGACCUCAAAAAGGCACUGAAAACGUAGUCACAUAGUGACUUAGAACUCUGUAUGUUUCUUGCAAUCAUCUAUUUCCUCCUCUCUGUAUUAUGCUGAACAUGGUUUAGCUGCUUACUUCGGAGGGUAGUGGUAUUUUUCCAGUUAACAUCAGAAGCUAUAUUUAAGAGGGAUUCAACUUUAACGGUAACAUUUCAGCCCGAUAUCCAGCAGGUAUGUACAUAUUUUGCUUCUGCACUUAAGCUUGUGUUUCCUGCCUUCUGAAACUUACAGUACGACCAUACAAAAUCCCUUGCUUCCUAGAAAAAGUCUAUCUAAAACAUGGGCUAAAACCUGAUAAUAUGAAGUGACCUCUACGCUCACUGAAGUUGUGAGCUAACAGCACUUGUUGUGUGACAAAUGUGGGCCUUCUGUGCUGGCAGCACCUCAUUGCAAACGUAAUUUUAUAUUCUUUGUGUUUAAGGAAUGGACGGGUAAAGAUCUUAAAGUGUUUGGUCUGUACGUGAGCAUUUGUAGUUUCUGUAUGUUCCAGUUUAUUAAUCCAUACUUAUUUUAAUAAUGUCUGUUAAGGCUUACCAAAGGGAUAUUAGACAGGUAUUAAAUCACUUUAAAAUAGAGUUCUUAUUUGGGACUUACACACUUGCAACCUCAAAUGCCCGAGGUCUUGGCUUUUCAUAAUGUGGUUUUGUCUGAUUGUUAAAUGCCGUAGCUAGCAGAAAUGCACUUACAGCCCAUCCAAAGCUUGGUGGAGGCUCAGUAGUUUUUCCAUAAUCCUUAGGGGACUUUUGAUCAGGCCCUUGUUUAUCAUGCUAUAAAUUCCUGCUGUAUCCACUCAUCCCUGCACACAAUCCAAUUUUUUAAAAAAGCAGAUGUGUAUUGGUGACUGAACUUGCAUUGAAGACUAUAUAGAUAAUGUUACUAGUUUUAGAGGUACAUCCCCCAUACUCUUCAACAUAAGAACAAACAACACUGAAAACCCUUUUUGUUUUGUUUGUUUAUAUCCUCAAAUUGGUUGAGAAGUUUACUGCUACAGGAGGACAGAGGGGCUGAUAUGGCAAUGGUGCAGCAUAUAGGCUUUCCUUGGUUAACUGAGGGGGCCUUCUCCAAAAUGAAGACUAAUCUGGAAUAACUCUAACUAGACUAAGAGCAUGUCCAUCUAUGCUGCAGAUAUUUGUGCACCUGCCAGUUCGCACAGAAAUACCUCAAGCAGCUUGGGUAUUGCUCAAACUGUAACCAUUGCUAGGUCAGAGCUCCCUAGGGGCUAAAAAACCUGUUGAAGAUUCUGGAAAAGUAGUUGGGCGAUGAGCCUAUGUUGAGCUUUAUGCCAUCACAGUUCCACUGCUAGUAGUACCAGAACUAGCUUGAGUAGUGCCGCACAGGCAGCAGCUCCUAAGCAAGUGACUGCAGCAAUGUAUAAAUCUGUGUAAAGAUGCUUCAGAAACUUAAGUAGUUUAAACAGGGAAAGAUGUAACUUGAGACCCUGGAUAUCCAAAUACUGAAAAGCCUGUCUACAGAGUAGUUUAAAGCCAUGUAGGGACUAAGGGCCACACUUAAGUGGUAUUUAGGCACUUCAUUGCUUAAAAAAACCAAACAAAUAAAAACAAACCAAAAAAACCCCCCAAAACUUCCUACUAUCUGCAUUGUCAAGGACCUGUAUAGAUUUACAUAUCUUAUCCCAAGGGUUGGUUGUUUUUUUAUGCAUCUUUUACUUUGAAGGAGGUGGGAAAUCACAUUGCAACCCAUAAAAGAUUAGUGUUUAACAGGUACUUAGUUUCAUUAGGAUGUAGCUGUGUAGCCAAUGCAGGACAUAUUUGAAUGCUAGCAUUUCAGCUCCCAGCUGGACACAUUCAUGACUGACAGAUAAUACAAGUAGGGUGCUUGCAGACAUAAAAAAUAAAAUAAAAACAACAACAAAAACUAAACUUGGCGUGUUCCUGCGCCGAUGCCAGCACAGGCAGCGUGGUAGUGGGACCUGGCUCACCCAACAUCUGGUUUAGUGGGGGGUUUUUGGCACUUUUAUCUAAUGUGCGAAGCACCCAGUGUAUAGAGAUGCUGCGGAGCCAGAUCGAAGUAAUGCAUUGCUUCUGUCAAGUGUGUUGUUGGUUUUUGUUUUUUUUUUUUUAAUAUUUGCAAGCAGCUGUAAUGUAUUAAAUGGGUGGAAAGUGAGAGGUAGUAGAUUCAGCAAACUUAAAGCCAUUUCAAGAGGGAUACUCUAAUCUCAGCAAACCGACUAUUUCCGUUUUCAUAAAACCAGUCAAUGAUGGGAGGAAAGAGUCAGAAAACAAAUUCUGAAGGAAACCCAACUUUCUUUCACAGCAUUUGCAACCUAAAUACUAAGCAGUUGAGAUUUGCUCAUUUCAUUGUUCAAGUAGAGAGAUUUUUUUUUUUAAGUUUUUUUUUUUUCUUAGAAUAAAUAAGGACAUCCGUUUUCACAAACAGCAAGCCCAGAUUAUCUGCUGUGGCACAGAAAACAGGAAGCAUCAAGUGCUUUCAUCUUCUCUAUUUCCCUAUGGUCCCAAAGGAGACAUCCCUUCAUCUUGGGGUGCAAAGGAACUGGACAAAGCUAUGAGGAAAGAUCUGAAGAUAGAUUUUUCCAUAUCAUCUCCCAUGCAGGCCUUCCAGCCUGUAGGCAGACCACUUACUACUAUUCUUAUUCCUUCAUAGCUCUGUAGACCUUCAAGGUCUUUGGCUGCUGUCCCAAUUUGCCUCCACCUUUUUCUGUGAAGGGCAUUUUUUUUUUCCUGUUGCUGGUAAUUCACAGCAGGAAAAUCUAGCUUACUAUGAUACUGACAAAUCAGUACUAACCUGGACAUACUUCCCCUCUCAUCUCCAGAGGGAUGUGUUGUAAGGACAAAUGUCAGUGCCAGAGGCCCUAACAGCUCAGCAAUAUUGGAAUGGCAGUAGCUGGUAUCUAGGAGGAAGUUCUGUGAAACCCCUCAUAGAUAUAUUUAUAUAUCUAGAUAUAUAUCCAUCUAGAUAUAUAUAGAUAAAAAUAUGAGCAAUGUUUUUUUAGGUAGCCUUAGUGUCUCUUCAGGACCUAGUGUGUCCAAAUAAUUGAGGUUUACAAUAUUUAUAUUAGAAGGGAAUCAUUCUGGCAGUUUUCAUUCUUUCUGUCCCUCAGAGUUUGCACUUUGAGCCUCUUAUUUACAAAGGCACUUCAGUGCUUUGAGGACACAGUUUAAAGGAGCACAAAACCCCCUUUUGUUGAAGGAUGAAAUGUGUUGUGAUGUAGCACCUGGCACUUUACAGUUAAAGAUUAUAAGGUGUGUGCUCCAAAAAGCUGCCAUUUCAAGGUCCUGAUCAAAUGCCUCUUGUAAUCACUGGAUAUUUUUACACAGAGUUUAGUGGAAUUGCUUUGGUCUUUCAAAGAAAGUAUGCUGGCAAAAAAGUACUUGAAGGAAUACAUUUUCUUUCACAAGUCUUCCACAAGGAAAAGAAGAAGUCCAAGAGUUUAGGCAUGUUCAAGAACCAUUCUACCUGCAUUUUCCCCUAUAAUGUAGAAAACUAUAAUAGCAACAUAACAUCUCUAACAGCUGGGGAUCUAAAGACUGCUCAUUUCCUGCUAAUGCAAGUCAAGUGUUAAAUAGGCCUCAGGCUGCAUUUUAUUAGUUAUCAGUGGUCAACAGAGAGAACUGGACUAGUUUUGUAGUAUAACAUAUACCUACUAUUGAUGCUUUCAAUAAGGCAGGCAAUACAUAUUUUAUGCAAUACAAACUCCUGAUGACAGUGACAGAACUGUACUAUGAAUGAGAUGGUCUGACAAGAUGCUAGCCCAUGUAAGUAAAAGUAGCCAAUUACAUUUCUGAAACCAGGCAAAUCACCAAGAAUAAAUGUACAUUGACUUGUAGGUAUUUACUAGGGCAUAUACAAAUAUGUUGAUACUGUUGCUAAAUAUUAUGUAUUCAUUACACAAUAGUAUGGCUACAGUUGUGGGAAACUUGAUGUACUUGUAAGUCUUAAUGUGUUCUCAGGGACCAGAUUUCUCUCCUGUCUAUGCAUAGCUAAAGUAGUGAGGAGGGCUAGGGAUGAGAGCAAGGACUUCCAUUCCAGACUCUCCCUAAAACCUCUCCUAGUGGACUGUGAACUGAGCACAUGGGGAACAGAGAAAGCCAAGGAACUAAAUGCCAGCCACAAAUUCUUUAGAUUGCUGUCUCUGUGCAAGUUUGAGAGUAUCCCUGUAGAGGGAGCCAACAACCUGACUGGAGAAAAAUACAUGCCAGCACUUAUUUUACAGCUCUGAAGAGGGGGAGGAAAGAGGAGUGUGUAGAAAGCUGCCAUCCUCACAUGCAGAGGCAGCUUUAGAGGUGGGUGACUGCUCACGGUGCCGUGGUCAGGAAGGUACCAAACACUUGGUCACCCUUCCUGAUCCCCACUCCAGGCUGAAGAAGCAAUACCCAGUCCAGCCCAACGGGGCGCCACCAAAAUAAAAGUUUGCCCAGGGCACCAUUUUCCAUUAGGUCAGCUCUACUCACGUGGACUGAGUUUUGUUGACAGUUUGCAAGAACUUCAUCCACCUAGAUCUUUCACGUUGUGCAAGGAGCACAGCAAAAAUAAUACUUUAGGCCUCUAGAGUACUUCCAAAACAACUAGGCAUAGAUAACGCUGUUCAGAACUUUUUCUAUAGGAGUAGCAAGUGCCUAGAAAUAGAAGUAUAGGCCACCCCUGCUUAGGUCUCUUAAUUGGUUCCUGAAAAACCAAGCGUUAAGUGAAAUGAGCAUUAAGCAAAACUGAAAGUAUUUGAGGACCCAAGAUGGUGACUGCAGUUGUUUUUAGUGACCCAAGAUGGCGGCCAUGAACAUUAUAAUGAAACUCGCUGAGCGCUAAGUGAAAUCAGGUAUUAAUUUAAAAUGAGCGUUAUAGCAAAAUAGUGCUAAGUGAAACAGCGUUAAGCAGGUGUUGCCUGUAUAUAGAAUUACUGACUUAAGGUUUUUAAAGGGCUGUUUUUGUUUACAGCGGUUCAGUCCAGCUACUAGUUUAAUGUAUUUGGGGCUCUGCAUGCAUAGUCCCUUGGAUGUGUUUAGGAAAAGUGGCUAAGCAUAGUAAAGUAAACCUGAAAACAGUCUUCCCUUUUGCAUUGCACCCUUAAAUCUUUGCCAUAUAUAUAUAUAUAUAUAUAUAUAUAAAAAAAGAAAGAAAGAGCUAAGUUUUUCAUAUUCCUGAAGCGUAGACUUUUUUAGAACAACACCAAAAAUCAUGAGAGUUGGCAACACCGAGACAACAAUACCUUUUGACUACCUUGAGUUAGUGCUAGAUAAGUUUGGUCUCCACUGCACAGUUCUGGGCACUUUAAGUAAAUGAUGGUUUAGGUCCUGCUCUUGAAUGGUGUUUUCUCUGGACUUGCGUUCCAUUAUUUGCCAAAUUAAAAUGCAUUUAACAGUUUAAAUGUUUGGAAAGAAAUUAUUUAUGCUGCCUAAAGACUUACACAAAAACACCCACACAAACACCAAUAUUGUUUUCUUAAAAUCAUAGAAUCUUUAUUCUGAGUCAGUUGUUUCAAGUUCAUUGCUGGCAAAAUGGGUGCAAUUUGGUUAAAGCCAAUCAAGUUGCACCCCUUUUUAUCAAAGUUGAAUUUAGUUUGGCUUGAUUGUGAAUUUACAGUGUAAUUUUAAGGAUGUAUUUAUUUUUUGAAUGAUUGUACUGUAAAUUAAAAACAUGAAGUCCAACACC